GCUGGGGCCUCGGGACGGUUGGGGGCGUCGGAGCCCCUCGGCCUGCACACGUGGUACGGGGGCGGGGGUCCGGGGACGGACAGAUUUUGUGCCUCUCCCGCUUUUUUCGCUUUACACCCGUCGCCCCUGCUUUUCCCCGCAUCUCUCACGGGAGGGGAAAACGCCCUAUGCGUUCCCCUGGUCUUCUUCUUCUUCUUCUUCAGAUAAAAGCCGGUUGGUUCCUUCAGACGGUUUUUCGUGAUCUUCAGCCCUAUCGGUUUCCAUCAGAACCUUAACCUCUCUCUUCCUUAUGCCGAUGCGUUUUCAUACUCGCCCCCUUCUCCCCCAUAUAUCCAAAACCCGAUGUAAAUUCCACCUGCUUUUAGGUCAUUAAUAAUGCUCUGUCCUUCACCUGCAUUCUCGGUACUUCGCUCAUGGCUUCGCGAUUAUGAUAGGAUCCAAUCGGUCGCUGUCUUUCUCAUUUACGUUCAGAUUGGUUGUUCUCUGAUCGGAUCCGUUGGAGCUCUCUACAAUGGUGUAUUGCUGAUUAACCUGGCAGUGUCCCUGUUCGCACUCGUUGCCAUCGAGAGCAGCAGCCAGAGCCUUGGACGCACCUAUGCCGUUCUUUUGGUUUGUGCUAUCGUGCUCGACGUUGCCUGGUUCGUCCUCUUCUUCCGGGAAAUAUGGAAUAUCUCUACAGAUAAGUACGGCGGCUUUGUUAUCUUCUCACUAAGAGUUGCCUUGUGGAUGGAGAUUGUCGGCUUCUCAGUGAGGUUAUUAUCAUCGUUUGUGUGGAUCCAAAUGUAUAGGUUGGGGGCUUCGUGUGUCAAUACAGUUUGCCACGACGCAGAUUUCGACUUGCGAACUAGUUUUAUAAACCCUGCACACUAUCCGAUCCUGCGGCAAAAUUCUGACAAUUGUGAUGCUAUAGGAGGCUCCAUUUAUGAUCCCGCCUCUUACUCUUCUCUUUUUGAAGACGUUCAAGAUGGAGGACUUGCUCGCAUGGGUCCAAAGCAAAGCGGUGAUGAUAGUAGUGAGUGUAUGCCUGCUAUGGAUUCUCCACAAUUGAAGUCCCAUACUGGUAGAUCUAUUCAAGUAAUCAGCGCCAAGUGAGGGAUACGUUUGUCAUGGGUGUUUGCCCGGUGUUAAGUAUUCUGGUGCCAAGUGUGCAAGACUAUCAGUCAGAAGAUGGUAGACCUGAACUCAAGCCUGUGCAGUUCUCUGACGAGUCUUAGCUGGGACGCUUUUCUGCUGGACCAUGAUUGAGUUUUACAAUGUGCAUGAGGAUAGUUACGCAGGAUGCUUUCUUGGAUGCCCCGUAGUUUCCUAGCAGCAGACAGUAUCAUAUUUUUGGAAUGUAUGGCAGGAUGCCAAUUUUUUUUUUUAUUAUUUUUUUAAAGGGUCAUCCAUGUGGGGACACAUAAGAAUGUUAUUUUGGAUGCAGAAACCUUUGUUCAUAAUUUUCGUUGCAUUUGCUA